GUUGACUUCAUCCUCGUUCAUCUGGCGCACCUGUUGCUAAUUUUAGUUACGCUUCUAUUGAGUUCAGGUUGGUUUGUUUUAGCACUGCUCGUAAUUACGAGCUGCCACUGCACUGCAGUUAUUAAUAAUUAUUAAUUUUCCCUGCGUUUGAGUCCUGCUCUCUGAAUCCUGGAGUCGUCGCCACAACACAAUGUAUUCCAGAGAGCCGGGCUAUCUGUGCAAGGCUGGCAAAGGGUUCCGGCAAACACAAGCCCUCUCUGUCGGCCGGUGCAGGCCCAGCCGGAUGGAGGCAUAUGAGGCCACUCAGUGUUCCCGUCCAACCUCAGGAUUUAUUUACCUUCCAUGCAGGGGCAGCCAAGAAGAUGGAGGAUGCUUAAGCACGGUUGCUGUCAUGAAUUGGACUGUGUUGUGAUGUGCUGAAAAGGAUCCGUCCUCGGCUUACCGGAGCCGCCAUGGAGUGCCGUGUCCUGUCCAUCCAGAGCCACGUCGUCCGGGGGUAUGUGGGCAACAAGAGCGCCUCUUUCCCGCUGCAGGUUUUAGGCUUCGAGGUGGACUCCAUCAACUCUGUGCAGUUCUCCAACCACACAGGAUAUUCCCACUGGAAGGGGCAAGUGUUGACAGCCGACGAGCUGCACGUCCUCUAUGAGGGCAUCAAGCUGAACAACGUUCACCAGUAUGAUUACGUCCUAACAGGAUACACCAGAGACACGUCCUUCCUGGAGAUGGUGGUGGACAUUGUUCAGGAGCUAAAGAGAGCCAACCCGAAUUUGGUGUAUGUGUGUGACCCGGUGCUUGGUGACCAUGGCUCCAUGUACGUCCCGCAGAACCUUUAUCCCGUCUAUAAGAACAAGGUGGUUCCUGUCGCUGACAUCAUCACUCCCAACCAAUUUGAGGCAGAAUUGCUGACAGGAAAAAACAUCAGCACAGAGAAAGAUGCUAUAGAGGUGAUGGACCUCCUGCACACCAUGGGCCCAGACACGGUGGUCAUCACGUCCUCGGACCUGCCCUCCAGGCUGGGAGACCGCUUCCUGGUGUCGCUGGGGAGCCAGCGCCACGUUCGUCCAGACGGCAGCAGGACGACGCAGAGGGUUCGGAUAGAAGUUCCCAAAGUGGACGCCGUGUUCGUCGGAACUGGUGACUUGUUUGCUGCCAUGCUGCUAGCUUGGACGCACCACUACCCCAACGACCUCAAGACGGCUUGUGAGAAAACAUUUUCGGUGAUGCAUCACGUGAUCCAGAGGACCAUAUCAUACGCUCACGAACUAGCCGGUCCUGGUCGUAGGCCCAGUCCGCCCCAGCUGGAGCUGAGGAUGGUUCAGAGCAAAGCGGACAUAGAAGACCCCGCCAUCGUGACGGAGGCCACCGUCAUAUCGUAACGAUCGCCAGCCUUCACCACUGUAAAGGUCAUUUUGUAACACAUCGCCCCGCCGUCUCCACGCAGAGCCUCAGAUGGACAGGAAGAGUCGUCCUCCGCAGCGGCUCCACUAAGGUUGUGUGCCGCCUGUAAGCACAACAAAUCUACCACACAACACUUUGUGCUCCACUUUGAGUCACUCGCAUCACGUCGUGUACGCCGAUGGCCCUCGUUGUCGUCUUGUCCUGUACGCCUGCUAGCAGCGCCAACACUGGCUGUGUCUCAAAUGGAAUACGUGCGUCAGCACACGUACAUAAGCACUCUGUACUUAUUUCCUCAGUGUGUGAAUUUGGACAGUAUAGUGUCCUUUUAUGUUCAAUUGCAACCACUCGACAGAGUACUAUCGCCAACAUUUGGAUCGCCCCUUUUUAGUUUGCACCCCUGCUUCAAAUGAGGCAUGGCUAUUUAUCAGUAGUCAUGCACUCAAAAUGAUUGAAAAGUGGAAGUACGCAAGUACACCGAUUGAGACACAGCAACUGUGUAUCUCUGGCUCCGCCCAUUACACCCCCCCCCCCCCCCCCACGUUGACACAGCCCCCAUCUGUCAGCAGUGAUGUAAUGGUGACCAAGCCCCCAAACACCCCUUUCCCUCACACCCAAAAAAAAUGACAAAAAAUACGCACAAUGUAUAGUUGAUGUAUAGAUGUUGUACUAUAACUGUAUCGGACCAUCUGUAUGAUAGCUGAUGACAACAGUCUACUGAACUUUGUGUGCUACCACACACACACACACACACACACACACACAGAACAUCUGCACAAUGGCAUACAUGUAAGUAGCAGAGUAGUUUUGGGAUGCUUCACUUACUACCUUAGUUACUUUUACAAUGAAUGGACAAAACCGUUGUGGUUUGGAUGACACAAUUAGUCUAUCAACCACUUCAAGCUAAUAAGAGCUGGUGUGGGGCAAUUGAAGUACUAAUUACAUCAUGCAAUAAUGUCAUAAAAGUAGCUGGAGUAGUACUCGUCUUGUAAAUGUCUCGAUGUCAACACUGGCUAGCGGCUAGCUCUCGUGAAACAUUCCAAGUUGUCUUCCCAAAAGCAGACGAUGCAUUUAAACGGGAACCCUUUAAGUCGGGGGUGUCCAAAUUUUUAUUAUUUAUUUGGCAAUUAAAUAACCAGUAAUGUAGUAUUUUAUGUGGCCUAUUUUGGCCCUGCAAGCACAUUUUUAUGUACAGGAAUACAUAGAAAAUAAAAUAAAUUCACAGAAAAAAAUGUUACAAAAUCUAAUGAAGUGCUUAAACAAACGAUACAAUGCUGUGCUCUGCUAACGUUUUUUUUUUUUUUUUUUCAGCCUGGCCGUAAGCCUUCUUUGUAAUGUUUCUAUUUUUUAAACAAUAGGGACAAAAUAAGGCAUGCUGUGGGCUGCAAAUGGGCCGCACUUUGGACACCCCUGCAUUAAGCGUUCAGACAGGCUUGCCUUGAAUGAUAGAAGGUAAAAUAACAUCAUUGUUACAAUGUUAUCAUUUUCACAACGUGCAUUUCAGCCAUUUCAAACUCUAAAACAAGAGGCAGAACAAUGUAAAAAAAAAAUAAUAAUAAUGUGUUGCCCUUUCAUUUUUGUACCACUGAAAGAAAAAAUGCUUAGCCAUAGUUCAAAAGUUGAAAUUAUGUGUUGAAAAGUUAAAAUUAAGAGAUAGAACAUCAUUGUUAUGAGAAGUCGAAAUUACAAGAUAAAAAUCAUAAUUGAGACAAAAAGUCAAAAUGAUGAUAUAAAAGGUCAUAAUUAUGAGAUACAACGUAAAAAUUAGAAAGUUAAAAUUGUGAGGUAAAACUACGAAAAUAAAAUCAAAGUGCCAAUGUGCAGAGUGCCAAGAGACGAAGUUUGUAUCUCAUAUGACUUUUUAAUCAUAAUGAUUAUGUAAGUUUAUCCUGUUAUUUGGACUUUUCAUCAUAUCAACUUUUUAUCUCAUAAUUAUGACUGAUUACGUUGUUUUUUUUUUAAUUUCAUAGUGUAUGUCAGUUAUGCUUUGAAACUAAUAUUGGCUCUUAUUUAAAUCCUUCAAUGGCCAACUUAUAUAUAACAUAUGCAUUUAACUAUAUCAACAAUGUAAUAACACGACAACACUGCGAAAAGUGAUAUCUGUGAGAAAAAAAGCAUAGAAGAGAUCUAAAAAAAAAUAUUGAUAAUGACUCUUGAUAUCAGUGCAUUUGGAUCCAUCCGAGGCCCAUAGUUUUAGCUUCUUAUUUUUUUCCAUUCUCAUGUUGAUUUUCAAGCGUUGUGCUAACUUUGUGCUGGUAGGUGUGGUGACUAGUCAGCCAUCAUGUAAACAUCUCACGUAUCGUACUGUACGCAUAUGAGCUUCUAUCUUAUCUACAGUGUCUUAGCUACCUGCUAAUGAAGCAGGCAGCCAUGUUAAUCGGUCCAAAUGUUGUCUUUUGAGCGGGUGUGUGUUUCUAUUCAUGAAUGGUCACAGGGUUUAUGUAUGUGAGAGACGGUGAGGGAAAAAAAAAAUAACAGCUUUGUGUUGUUUAUAUGUGAACAUGUUCGAAUUGUCUACGGUCCUAAAGGAAUAAGAGAAUACGAGUUUGACCCGCUGUUCAAGUGGACAAUCGUGACAUCACACGCGCUCUUCGAGGCGACCUCGCUGGUGCCCCCUUGUGUCCGCUUAUAGUUUCAUCAACUCUAGCUAGCCUUGCUGUGCGUGUGUGUGCGCCGUUGUGUGCUUUUUCUCCUGACCCCGCCCCCUUGAGUCAUGUGACGUUGUUUUGGAGCCGCUUUCAAAUGUGUCUAUCGCUGAACGUCAAAUAUGACACGUUAACGUUCAUAUUUUCAUGGCAUUUUUAGAGAAGCACAAGUGAUCAGCAAAUGCGUCGUUAUCAGUAUUUGGUGCCACACUAUCAACCACAGAACACCAACAUAUCGCCUCUUUAAAAAAAAAAAAUAGUGCAAAAUGAAAGACAGUUGAUGUGUAUUUAAAGCAUAAAAACAAAACACGUGAAGCACUGAAACAGUUAAGUCGCCAAGAAAAUGAGUAAUCAUUUAAUUUGUCAAAUGUAUGUGUAACAACAUUGAAAUGUGUCUUUUGCUGGAUGCUUGUUCUGUACCGGUUGUCCCCUUAAAAACAACACACAACAUGGACAGCUCCAUCUCUGCCAACUUCUUUCGUUUUUUGUUUGAAGUUCAUGGUGGCCAAAAACAACAGAAGUGUAAUAAUCAGUGUUUGGUAACUGUUUUUAGUGCUAUGUUUUUGCAGUAUUUUCUAACAUGUUACAAUACAAGAUUGUAGUGUACAAAUUCACAUUUAUAAAGUAUAUAUAGAGAGAGAUAAAUAUAUAUGACAAAUGUAUGUUCCAAUGCAAUAAAGUGGAAUUAUAACAACAACA